AUGUCGACAUCGCGGACGCUGCUAAGACAGGCGAAUCCACGGGACUGCCGUGACUUCCAUGACUUAAUCAAAGACCAUCUCGACAAUAUGAGAAAUGAUGAUUUCACCCAGCGAAUGUCGCGAGAACUCAGCGUUAAGCGUUAUGUAAGGACGCUGUCGAGCGACGCGGCUGAUGAAAUGAUAACGAGGCCUAUAGACAGCGAAUUUUACCGCCAAAUGAUAUAUUUCCGGAUCAUCGCUUAUAAAAACGCUAAGCGAGAAGAACAGGCUAUCACCAAGGAGUACGCCCGUGGGGAGUUGGAAAAUAUCGUCAACAUUUCACAGACCAUAUACAGACAUGUAAGCGACGCAGCGGCGAGAGGCUAUCUUCAAAAGACCAUCGGCCCAGUGAGGGACAGACUGCAAAGCAUAAGCCACAAUGUCGCAGAUGCCUGUUUAUACUUGGGUAUUGAUCACAAGCCACUCAUAUUUACAACCCAUGUAGAUCAGAAGUAA